GGGCAGGACAGGGACGAACAUUACAGCUACCUCCUACCUAAUCAACUAUUACCACCACCAAACGUCCAACUCCCCCUCUUCCUCAUCCUCCUCCCCUCAUCUAUCCUCCCCCUCACCACUCCUACAAUACAACAACCCCCUUAAGCUCCUUCUAUUCUGUCGCCGUUUCUUCACAUCGUCAAUCUCCACUUGCGCGCGUCACUGACCCUCAUCCUUCGAUCCCCCUUGACGUCCGAAUCCGCCGCGCGUUGUCCGCAUCAACCCUCCAUCUUUGACAGCGCAUCACAGCACCCUCAUCACCACCUUUCGCACUCGCACUUGCUUCCUACAUACGAACACACGCACAUAGAUCAUGCCUCGACCAAACAAAGACGUCAAAUUUCGGCAUAGGGGUGGCGCCGGCACCAACGGAAAGCCUCGUAGGCCAAGCACCAGCAUGUCUGAGAUCAGCGAGAAUGCUUCAGAGCCUGGCAGUCCUACCCGCAACGGCGCAGUAGAGGAACCUCCGGCGCCUUCGCAACCCCCACCGCAGACAGAGUAUGAGAAGAAAAAGGCCAACUUCAUCACCCGCACGGUGUGGACCCUCCUCAUGAUUGCUGGUUUCUUCUGGCUGUUAUUCGCCGGGCACAUCUACAUCAUCAUUAUCAUUACCGCCGUUCAAAUAAUAUCUUUCAAGGAAGUAAUCGCAAUUUCCAAUGUUCCUAGCCGAGCUCGGAGUCUCCGCUUCACAAAAUCCCUGAAUUGGUACUUCCUAGGCACCACCAUGUACUUCCUCUACGGCGAGAGCGUUAUUUACUACUUCAAACAUAUUCUACUGGUCGAUAGGAUUCUUCUUCCACUCACGACUCACCAUAGAUUCAUCAGUUUCAUGCUGUACAUAAUCGGAUUCAUCUUCUUCGUUAGCUCUCUCCAGAAGGGUCACUAUAAAUUCCAAUUCACCCAGUUCGCCUGGACCCACAUGGCACUGUUCCUCAUCGUUGGCCAGGCUCACUUCGUCAUUAACAACAUUUUCGAGGGAAUGAUUUGGUUCUUCCUACCCGUUGCCAUGGUCAUUACAAACGACAUCUUCGCAUACCUCUGUGGAAUCACCUUUGGCCGUACGCCUCUGAUCAAGAUCUCCCCCAAGAAGACAUGGGAGGGUUUCCUCGGUGCCUGGUUCUUCACCAUCAUCUUCGGCGUAGGUAUCACGCAUGUCAUGAUUCGCUACAAGUACUUUAUCUGCCCUGUCAACGAUCUCGGUGCCAACCUCUGGUCUGGUUUGGAGUGCCAAAUCAACCCCGUCUUCAUCCCGCAAACCUACUCACUACCCGUGGCCCUCCCGGAGUGGACACAUCUUCCUACCCAACUCACGAUUACCCCGGUUCAGUUCCACGUUCUCGUACUCGCUACUUUCGCCUCAUUGGUUGCUCCCUUCGGUGGAUUCUUUGCCUCCGGUCUCAAGCGUACCUUCAAGAUCAAGGAUUUCGGCGACUCCAUUCCUGGCCAUGGUGGCAUGACUGACCGCAUGGAUUGCCAAUUCAUCAUGGGAUCCAUUGCUUUCAUGUAUUACUCCAGCUUUAUUGCCAUCCACAAGACUAGCGUCGGUGGGGUCAUUGAAUCUGCCAUUACUGGAUUGACCCUCGAGGAACAAAUGGAGGUCGUCCAGAUCUUAAGCAAACACCUAGUCAACCAAGAAAUCAUCCCACCUCAAGUCCUUGACUACCUCUCCACCCAACUGAAGAGGAGAUGAUGACGAUCUUAAAAGUGUUAUGUAGCAUAUUGGGUCCACAUGACGGUUUUCGAUUCUUGUAGCGCACCACAGCGGCGGCGUUCCGCUAUUACUUGGGAUCAAGUAUAAUGCAUGUCGUCUCCUUGGCCGGCCUUUUCCUUUACAACCGGACGCUCGUGUCAGUGUAUAUACCCUACACUCCUCUCUUUUGCUAGAGAACCAUUUUUUAUGUAAUAUGUCUUCUUAUGCCGGAACUAGACCCUGGGUCAGUCGAGGCCGCGUACUAGUCUUGCGACUUUUUCCUUUCUGGCUUUCAUAUAAUUUUAUUUUCUUUUUCGGGUUCAACGACCGAACAGGUCUAGGGGAAAAGGCCAAUUGGGGUCAUCCAAAAUUAUCUUGUCAGCUAUAGUUCAAGAUUAUGAGUAGUCGCUAAAUAGUAAUCCAAAUUAUCCGUCAUG